AGACAGGCCUCUGGGCGGGCCCUCAGAGCGAGCCCUCAGAGCCCAGACGCGGUAACCCGCCUGCCGCCGGGCUCAUGCUGCUCAUUCUCAGGCGAUGCGCCGUUCCUGCGCGGCCUUCCCCUUUUCUAAUAGCUGAUUUGCCUGAAGGUGGAUGGUUGCUGGCAUCUGUACAGUAGCCUGUGACUGCAGCGUGGGAGAGACUCUCCUGCUCAAUUCUCUGGUAAGAUAUGAGAAAAUCGUGGUAGGGGCUGAUGGUGGCGCUCACAAAUCUCAUCGUGGAAGGAAGAUCUUGGCAACGGGGACCAACUCAUACUCGGGAAUCCAGUCUCUAGUCUGCUUUCUUAAGUGUGAUGUCAUGUAAAAGAUAAGUUAACUUCUUUGUAUCUUCAAAGCUGCCAGUUUCUAGGUGACUGAAAUAUUGAGAUUAGGAGGGUAGCGUUUUUUGGGGGGGAAAAAAAGCAGAAAAGGCGCCCAAUUUGUAGUCAGAUUCCCAAGAGGAAUCGGUGGCAACCUGCCGCUCCUCCCCUCAGCUCCCAGAACCCACAGACCAGCCCUCCCUGAGGCUCCCGUAAGGCUUUACUUAGCUACAGAACUAUACAAAAAUCUAAAGACGCUAGAGAAAACUGGCUGGUAGCGCUGGGGUGUUUGCAACCGUUUCAAGGCAGAACUGUGGAAAACCCCGGAAUAAAUACCCGGUACAGGGCACAGGCUCAGAAACCCGCCUUCCUCGGUCUGGGCCCGAGCACAGAGCCCGUCCCGUCCCGUCCCGGCGGGCCGCCUCCCGCCGCCGCGGGGCCCUCCGCGGAGGUCGUGCCCUUGCAAGAUGGCGGCGGCGGGGCUCUGCCCGUGCCGGCUGCUGUUCGCCCGCUGCGGCGGCGCCGUGCGGCCGCUCUGCAGCUCCGUGCGGGGCCUCGCCGCGGGUCCGGAGACGCACUUCGGCUUCCAGACCGUGACAGAGGCGGAGAGGAGGGAGAAAAUUUACCAGGUCUUUGAAAGUGUGGCAAAGAAAUACGAUGUAAUGAAUGAUUCGAUGACUCUAGGGAUUCAUCGAGUGUGGAAGGAUAUCCUCAUGCAUAAAAUGAACCCUUCUCCUGGAACACUUCUUCUUGAUGUUGCUGGAGGAACAGGAGACAUUGCCUUUCGAUUUCUUAAUUAUGUUCGCUCCGUAAGAGAGCGCCAGCUCCAGCAGAAGCUUAAGCACCAUCAGAGUUUAUCGUGGCAGGAAAUUUCUGAGAGUUACAAGGAAGACAAAUCUGAGUCACCAGGAGAUUCCCAAGUGGUGGUCUGUGACAUUAACAAAGAAAUGUUAAAAGUUGGGAAGCAGAAAGCACAACAUCUUGGCUACUCCAAAGGCUUGUCCUGGGUGCUUGGGAAUGCUGAAGAGUUGCCCUUUGAUGAUGAUAUGUUUGAUGUUUACACAAUUGCCUUUGGAAUCCGAAAUGUAACACGUAUUGAUUUGGCACUUCAGGAGGCCUAUCGUGUGCUGAAACCAGGAGGAAGGUUUCUCUGCCUUGAAUUUAGUCACGUCAGCAAUCCUGUCCUGUCCAGGCUCUAUGAUCUAUACAGUUUCCAAGUGAUCCCUGUUCUGGGUGAGGUUAUCGCUGGGGACUGGAAGUCUUACCAGUAUCUCGUGGAGAGCAUCCGACGUUUCCCCCCUCAGGAGGAGUUCAAGGCAAUGAUAGAAGAUGCGGGCUUUUUAAAAGUGGAUUAUCAGAAUUUAAACUUUGGCAUUGUUGCCAUUCACUCAGGUUUCAAACUGUGAGUCUGCUCUGUAGCAAAACACAGAAGUGUAAAUUUUCCUGAAAGCUGUGGAAUUGUAAUGCUAUUAAGAUUGAAGGGGAGUUUUAAGAACUUGGGACAGAUCCUUGCUGAGCAGUCAGACUCAGAAGAACAGCAGUUACCUCUUUCCUGCAAGAAAUCUGUGGAUGGAAUGGCUCCUGUGUUGUUUCUUACACUUGCAUUUUCUUUCAAGUGCAACCUAAAGGACAUGGCCAAAUCUGACAGGUUUGACAAGUAAAGCAACUUCAGUUACUUCAGUGGUGUGGAUACACAUAUGGACUGACUAGUUUUCUAAUAAAAUGUCUCCUUUUUUUUUUUUAAACUAAGCUCCAAGGAGGAUAUCGUGCCACUGAGAAGUAGCUUGGGUUUAUUAGAUUUUUAUGAGGGUGCUAUUAUCAUGUGGACUGUAAUGGAUUUUUUCCCUUUCCUUUACUUCUUUCAAAGGCAAAUGGAAGGCUUGUGAAAUAAAACAACUCUGCAUCAA